UCACAGCACACCGGCGCCACGGUGCACGUUUACUAUUCUUCCUUUUCACCUUUCUGAAGGCUGCUUCUAGAAAUAUCCUCCAAACCGAGUAAAUGAUCGUGUGGCUCGUGUAGAGGAGACAGGUGGGAUCGCGGCGGGAUGAUGAUGAUGAUGGCGAGUGAAGCGGCUCUGUCUUCGCCGGGGCAUUCUGCAGCAGUGGCGGCAGGGUCUGCAUGCUCGGGCUCGGUCAUACUGGCGGAUGGAGGGCUCAACCCCGCCGUACCCAUCCGCAACAUCAGGACCAAGUUCGCCGUGCUCGCGGGUCUCAUCCGAGCCGGCGAGGUGAGCGACAGAGACAUCGCAGAGACCGUCCUCAACCUGUUGGUGGGUGGUGAGUUUGACCUGGAGAUGAACUUCAUCAUCCAGGAUGCAGAAAACAUUGUGUGCAUGGUGGAACUUCUCGAGCAUUGCCAGGACACAUGCCAGGCUGAGAUCUGGAGCAUGUUCACGGCUAUACUGCGGAAGAGCAUGCGCAACCUGCAGACCUGCACUGAGGUGGGACUCAUACAACUGGUGCUGCUGAAGAUGAACUCGGUGGACAACAUGAUCGCAGAUCUGCUGGUGGACAUGUUAGGAGUCCUGGCAAGUUAUAGCAUCACCGUAAAGGAACUAAAACUGCUCUUCAGUAUGCUGAGAGGGGAAGGAGGAUUGUGGCCGAGACAUGCAGUGAAGCUGUUAGCUGUUCUGAAUCAGAUGCCACAGAGACAUGGACCAGAUGCUUUUUUCAACUUCCCCGGUCGCAGUGCUGCUGCGAUUGCUUUACCUCCCAUUGCCAAGUGGCCUUAUCAGAACGGCUUCAGUCUGAACACGUGGUUCCGUAUGGAUCCUCUCAACAACAUCAACGUGGACAAGGACAAGCCCUACCUGUACUGCUUUCGCACCAGUAAAGGAGUCGGGUACUCGGCUCAUUUUGUGGGAAACUGUCUGAUCGUGACUUCACUCAAGUCUAAAGGAAAAGGAUUCCAGCACUGUGUCAAGUACGACUUUCAACCAAGAAAGUGGUACAUGAUCAGCAUUGUGCACAUCUACAACCGCUGGAGGAACAGCGAGAUCCGCUGCUACGUAAACGGCCAGCUGGUCUCAUACGGUGACAUGGCCUGGCACGUUAACACCAACGAUAGCUAUGAUAAAUGUUUCCUGGGUUCGUCGGAGACGGCGGACGCGAACCGUGUGUUCUGUGGACAGAUCGGGGCCAUUUACGUGUUCAGUGAUGCUCUUAACCCUGCCCAGAUCUUUGCCAUCCAUCAGCUGGGUCCGAGCUAUAAGAGUACUUUUAAGUUCAAGUCGGAGAGCGACAUCCACCUGGCUGAGCACCAUAAGCAGGUUCUAUAUGAUGGAAAGCUGGCGAGCAGUAUCUGCUUCACCUAUAACGCCAAAGCCACAGAUGCGCAGCUAUGUUUGGAGUCCUCACCCAGAGAGAAUCCCUCUAUCUUCGUCCACUCACCCCACGCCCUCAUGCUUCAGGACGUGAAGGCUGUUGUGACCCACUCCAUCCACAGUGCCAUCCACUCCAUUGGGGGUAUCCAAGUGCUAUUUCCUCUAUUCGCCCAACUCGACUAUCACCAGCAUAAUGAGAGCCAGGUGGAGACCACUGUUUGUGCGACUCUCCUGGGUUUCUUGGUGGAGCUGCUAAAGAGCUCAGUAGCAAUGCAGGAACAGAUGCUGGGCGGGAAAGGGUUCCUGGUGAUCGGCUACCUACUGGAAAAGUCAUCCCGUGUGCACAUCACCAGGGCUGUACUGGAGCAGUUUCUCACUUUUGCCAAGUACCUGGAUGGCCUGAGCCAUGGCGCGCCACUCCUCAAGCAGCUGUGUGACCACGUCCUGUUUAACGCUGCUAUUUGGAUACACACUCCAGCCAAGGUGCAGUUAUCACUGUACACAUACCUGUCCUCUGAAUUCAUUGGCACAGCAACCAUCUAUAAUACCAUCAGGCGUGUGGGGACCGUCCUGCAGCUAAUGCACACUCUGAAGUACUACUACUGGGCUGUGAACCCUGCACCGAGCAGCUCUAUCAUCCCCCGUGGCCUGAAUGGCCCGCGGCCUUCCCAAAAGGAGAUCCUCUCACUCAGAGCCUUCAUGCUGCUCUUCCUCAAGCAGCUCAUCCUCAAGGAUCGAGGAGUUAAGGAAGAUGAACUCCAGAGCAUUCAGAACUAUCUGCUGACCAUUGAUGAGGAUGAGAACCUGCAUGACGUUCUGCAGCUUCUGGUCGCACUGAUGUCUGAGCACCCGGCAUCCAUGAUACCAGCCUUUGACCAGAGAAACGGCAUCCGAGUUGUCUUCAAACUUCUGACUUCCAAGAGUGAGAGUAUUCGAGUGCAGGCGCUGAAGGUGUUGGCCUACUUUCUCAAACACCUGGGUCAUAAGAGAAAAGUGGAGAUCAUGCACACACACAGUCUGUUCACACUACUGGGAGAGAGACUCAUGCUACACACCAGCACGGUGUCAGUGACAACAUACAACACUCUGUAUGAGAUCUUGACAGAGCAAGUGUGUACACAGGUUGUUCACAAGCCACAUCCUGACCCUGAUUCUACUGUGAAGAUCCAGAACCCCAUGAUCCUAAAGGUGGUGGCUACGCUGCUGAAAAGCUCGACACCUAGCGCCGAGCUGAUGGAGGUGCGGCGUCUUUUCCUCUCAGACAUGAUCAAACUGUUCAGCAACAGCCGAGAGAACAGACGGUGCUUGCUGCAGUGCUCUGUAUGGCAGGACUGGAUGUUUUCACUGGGCUACAUUAACCCCAAAAACUCUGAGGAGCAGAAGAUCACUGAGAUGGUCUACAACGUGUUUCGUAUCCUGCUCUACCAUGCCAUCAAGCAUGAAUGGGGAGGCUGGCGUGUGUGGGUGGAUACUCUUUCCAUAGCACACUCCAAAGUGACAUAUGAAGCUCAUAAAGAGUACUUAGCCAAGAUGUAUGAGGAGUAUCAGCGCCAGGAGGAGGAGAACAUCAUGAUGGGAAAGAAAGGAUUAGUCAGCACCAUAUCAGGCCUCUCUGCCCAGGCUUCUGCCAUCAAGGGCACCUUGGAACUAAAUGACCAUUCUCAAACACAGACUCCCGAGAGCGAGGUGGAUGACUCAGAGACCACAGACCCCGGGCGCAACCCUCUAGCUCAGGCAAAAGAACCGGAUGUGAAGAACGCUGUAUCAGGUGUCCGGGUAGAAGUUCACGACCUGUUGGUGGACAUCAAGGCUGAGAAAGUGGAGGCCACCGAGGUGAAGCUGGAUGACAUGGAGACUCUAGGAGUGACGGAUAAUGGGAGCCUGGUGGAGGUGGACUGUCUCCUGGACAACGUCUACUCAGCCGCUGUAGAGAAGCUCAACAACAACGUUAACAAUGUCUUGGUACCAAAAACCAGCUUGGAGAACAAAAAUUCAGGACCGCUGAUCAGUCUAAAUGAGGAUAAAGACGCCGUACCAAGUGGAAACACCUUCCUUUUUGGUGCGGUUGGUACAAGUCCAUCUGAGAACUUGCUGCCCAAAAUCACACCAUCUGAACCCUUGCCUCUUGGUGGUGGUCACCAUCAGGUUCGUACCAGCACCAGUGAUCUUGGUUUGUUGGCACACAUGACUCUUGAAUCAGAAGCAAGCUCUGGAUCAGAAGCUUUAAAGGAUUGCUUCAAGAUUCAGCCCAGUUUGGGAGUGUUUAAUUCCUUAUCUCAGGGAGAAAGUUCCACAAAGAAUCCAGAGCCGGCUGAGAUGGUGGAGCCAGAGACCGAAGCUUUGGGAGGGAAGAACAGUGUCAAUGUUUCCAGCACCAUUUCAGAUACAGAGAGGUCUGAUGAUAGCAAGGAGAAGGAGAUAAAGAAGAUCCAGACCACUGCGACCACACAGGGUGUCCAUGCCAGAGUGCUCGGUCUGAUGGACAGGGAUGUGCGAAUGGAUUUGGGUUUCAGGGUCGUGCCCAUGAGCGAGGAGCAGAGGCAUCAGUUCAGCCCGGGUCCUCGCACCACCAUGUUUCGCAUCCCAGAAUUCAAGUGGUCACCGAUGCACCAGCGCUUGCUCACGGACCUGCUGUUUGCUCUUGAGGCAGAUCUGCAUGUGUGGAGAAGCCACUCGACGAAGUCAGUGAUGGACUUUGUGAACAGCAACGAGAACAUCAUUUUUGUGCACAACACCAUCCACCUGAUCUCACAGAUGGUGGAUAACAUCAUCAUCGCCUGUGGGGGGAUCCUGCCUUUACUAUCUGCUGCCACCUCACCCACAAAUCCCAAGGCGGAGUUGGAGGUGUUUGAGGUGACGCAGGGCAUGUCCUCAGAGACAGCGCUGACCUUUCUGACUCGUCUGAUGUCCAUGGUUGAUGUUUUGGUGUUUGGAAGCUCGCUAAACUUCAGUGAGAUUGAGGCAGAGAAGAACAUGUCGUCAGGAGGACUAAUGCGCCAGUGUCUCAGACUCGUGUGUUGUGUUUCAGUGAGGAACUGUUUAGAAUGUAGACAGCGACAGAGGGACAGGGGGACAAAAUUCCUAGCGUCCAUCGCAAAGAAUCAGGAGAGCAUGCAGAACAUCAACAAGACUUCCCUCGAGAAUUUCACAAGUAACCUUUCUCCUAUCAAGGACCCAGACCGCCUCCUGCAGGACGUGGACAUCAAUCGUCUGCGUGCCGUUGUUUUCCGUGAUGUUGACGAUGGGAAGCAGGCUCAGUUCCUGGCCCUGGCUGUGGUCUACUUUAUUUCUGUCCUUAUGGUGUCCAAGUAUCGGGACAUUCUGGAGCCGCAGCGUGAGACAGCCAGGUUCGUUAGCCAUUUGGGGAGGAGCAUUCGACAGGAAAUCAACUCUCCAAUAAGCACAGAAAACCCAGUAACCUUUACAGAUGGCAGUCGAAGUCACACCACCCUGGUUGCUGAACCCAACAUGGACCCAUCCCUGACUUACACAGAUUCAGACUUUGGAAACGUACACGCGUCCUGCAUGCUAAACGGUGCUGAUCUUGAGACCAGCUCCAGGGGUCCGGAUGGUCUACGAGGAAUCCUUUGCACCCUGUCCCCAGAGGCGAAGGCCCAGGAAAGCCUAGCUGAAACUUCUGCUGCAGAUCUACUAAAGCCUGCUGCUUCCAUCUCUAGCAUCAGCCAGGGCAGCAAGGGCAUCAAUGUCAAAGACAUCCUCAAGAGCCUGGUGGCAGCGCCACUGGAUGCUGCUGAAAAUGGUCCAGAUCCAACGACCUACACUGAGAAUCAGGUGUUAAAGAGGGAGGCUAAGGCCAUGUUGCCCAUGCAGUUUCACUCAUUUGACAGGAGUGUGGUCGUGCAGGCCAAAAAACCUCCAGCCGGCAGCAUGGCAGUAAAUACGGUUGUCAAUUCUGGUUCUUCCAUUGGUACGGCAGGUUCAAGCAGCACCCCUAACAUCUUCACUGCAGCUUCUGCUACACCUAAAAGCAUGAUCAACACUACAGGAGCUGCCGACCCUGCCGCUUCCUCAUGCUCCUCUUCCUCCAGCUUUGUGAACGGAGCCACGAGUAAAAACCUGCCUGCAGUGCAGACGGUCGGUCCGAUGCCUGAAGACACCAUGGAGAACAUGAGUAUCACCACUAAGUUGGAGCGAGCUCUGGAGAAGGUGGCGCCCCUGCUCAGAGAGAUCUUCGUGGACUUCGCACCAUUUUUGAGUCGCACUCUUCUGGGCAGCCAUGGCCAGGAGCUUCUAAUAGAAGGUUUGGUGUGUAUGAAGUCCAGUACGUCUGUGGUGGAGCUGGUCAUGCUGCUUUGCUCUCAGGAAUGGCAGAACUCCAUUCAAAAAAAUGCUGGACUGGCUUUCAUCGAACUUAUCAAUGAAGGAAGACUCCUGUGUCAUGCCAUGAAGGACCACAUUGUGCGUGUAGCCAACGAGGCGGAGUUCAUCCUGAACCGUCAGAGAGCUGAGGAUGUCCACAAGCAUGCUGAGUUCGAGGCAAACUGUGCCCAGUACGCAGUGGACAGGCGAGAAGAGGAGCGGAUGUGUGACCACCUCAUCAGUGCUGCUAAACACCGCGACUGCGUCACCGCCAAUCAGCUCAAACUGAAGAUCAUCAACAUUCUCACCAACAAACACGGAGCCUGGGGUGCACUGACACACAGGUACGGCCCCCUGUACCAGUGCGAUUGGGCGCAGCAGAGAAAUAGUCAGCUCCAUGAUUUCUGGCGUCUGGACUACUGGGAGGACGACCUCAGACGGAGACGCAGAUUCGUCCGUAACCCGUUCGGCUCCACCCACUUGGACAUCACGUGCAAGUCACUGGAAGACUACGGCCAUGAGAAGGAUGAUGUGUUGAAAGGAAGGAAGGGAUUCCGGAGCCAUGCGGUGGUUAGUCAGAGCCCGGAGGCUGAGCUGAUGCUGGAGGGUGAAGAUGAUGCUGUGAGCCUGCUGCAGGACAAAGACAUGGACAAUCUAGCAGGCCCGGUGCUGAUGAGCACCCCCGCACAGCUCGUGGCUCCGGUUCUGGUAGCGCGCGGAACUUUGUCCAUCACCAGCAGUGAAAUUUACUUCGAGGUGGAUGAAGAGGAUCCGGCCUUCAAGCGCACCGAUCCAAGAAUUCUGGCCUAUUCUGAAGGACUUCAUGGGAAAUGGAUGUUCAGCGAGAUCCGAGCUGUGUUCGCCCGGCGCUAUCUGCUUCAGAACACGGCACUGGAGGUUUUCAUGGCCAACAGAACCUCAGUGAUGUUUAACUUCCCCGAUCAGCCCACAGUGAAGAAAGUGGUGUAUAGUUUACCACGUGUAGGUGUUGGAACAAGCUAUGGCCUUCCACAAGCAAGGCGGAUUUCCCUGGCCACACCACGACAGCUCUUCAAAUCCUCCAACAUGACCCAGCGCUGGCAGAGACGCGAGAUCUCCAACUUUGAAUACCUCAUGUUCCUCAACACCAUCGCAGGACGGACGUUUAAUGACCUAAAUCAGUAUCCCAUCUUUCCCUGGGUGCUCACCAACUACGAGUCAGAGGAACUGGACCUCACACUGCCUGCUAAUUUCAGAGAUCUAUCCAAGCCAAUCGGGGCUCUGAAUCCGAAGCGUGCAGUUUUCUACGCUGAACGUUAUGAAGCAUGGGAUGAAGAGAGUCCACCCUGUCACUACACCACCCACUACUCAUCUGCAGCCUCCAUUCUCCACUGGCUCGUCCGAACAGAACCCUUUACGACCUUUUUUCUCAGCACCAAUGGCAACAAGUUCGAUCACCCCAAUCACACCUUCUCUGGUGUCAUGAGGUCGUGGAGGCACUGCCAGCGUGACACCUCAGAUGUCAAGGAGCUGAUCCCAGAGUUCUACUACCUACCAGAAAUGUUUGUGAACAAUAAUGGCUACGGUUUAGGAGACCGAGACGACGGAACCCCUGUGUGUGAUGUAGAACUUCCUGCCUGGGCCAAGACGCCUGAGGACUUUGUUCGGAUCAACAGAAUGGCUCUGGAAAGUGAGUUUGUAUCAUGCCAGCUGCACCAGUGGAUCGACCUCAUUUUUGGCUACAAACAGCGCGGCCCCGAAGCUGUACGUGCCCUCAAUGUCUUUCAACACCUGACCUAUGAGGGCUCCGUCAACCUCGACAGCCUCGUUUCGGACCACUUGCUGCGUGAGGCUAUGGAGGCACAGAUUCAGAACGUUGGACUGACGCCAUCUCAGUUGCUCAUCGAGCCCCAUCCUCCUCGCAGCUCUGCCAUGCACCUGUGUUUCCUUCCACAGAGUCCACUCAUGUUUAAGGAGCAGAUGCAGCAGGAUGUCAUCAUGGUGCUUAAGUUUCCCUCCAACUCGCCAGUCACCCAUGUGGCUGCAAACACGCUGCCACAUCUGGCGAUGCCUGCCAUCGUCACUGUGACCUGCAGCCGGCUGUUCGCAGUCAACCGCUGGCAUAACACUGUGGGUCUGAGAGGGGCUCCAGGAUAUUCGCUAGAGCAGUCCCAUCACCUGCCUAUUGAAAUGGACUCUGUGAUUGCUAACAAUGCAGGAACAAACAAGAGGCAGAUCACGGAUCUCGUAGACCAGAGCAUCCAGAUCAACUCACAGUGUUUCGUGGUAACAGCGGACAAUCGCUUUGUUCUGGUGUGUGGAUUCUGGGACAAGAGUUUUCGUGUCUACUCUUCUGAAACUGGGAAACUGACCCAGAUAGUGUUUGGUCACUGGGAUGUAGUGACGUGUUUAGCACGUUCAGAGUCGUAUAUUGGUGGUGACUGUUACAUCGUGUCUGGAUCCAGAGAUGCUACUCUGCUGCUUUGGUACUGGAGCGGGAGACACCAUAUUAUAGGAGACAAUCCAAACAACAGUGAUUACCCAGCACCCCGUGCAGUUCUGACAGGUCAUGACUAUGAGGUGGUGUGUGUAUCUGUGUGUGCCGAGCUUGGUCUGGUCAUCAGCGGAGCCAAAGAGGGUCCUUGUCUGGUACACACCAUCACCGGGGACCUGCUCCGGGCUCUGGAGGGGCCCGAUAACUGCUCACUCCCCCGGCUCAUAUCCGUCUCGAGUGAGGGCCACUGCAUCAUCUGCUACGAGAGAGGCCAGUUCUGUAACUUCAGCAUCAACGGCAAGCUGCUCACCCAGAUGGAGAUUAAUGAUACCACACGUGCGAUGCUGCUGAGCAGUGAUGGACAGACGCUGGUAACUGGAGGAGAUAGUGGAAUAGUGGAGGUGUGGCAGGCCUGCGACUUCAAACAGCUCUACGUCUAUCCAGGCUGUGAUGCUGGAAUCCGGGCCAUGGAUUUAUCACACGAUCAAAGGACCUUGAUCACAGGAAUGGCAUCAGGCAGCAUUGUAGCAUUCAACAUUGACUUCAACCGCUGGCAUUUUGAGCAUCAAAACCGGUACUAA